AUGUGCGGCAAUUGCAUGGACAUCUGCUGCGUAGGCAUAUUCAUGUCCUGUAUGGGCUGUUGCUACCGUCACGAAGGAGACCUGGAGGUUCUCCCAAAUGGGAGGCCAGGAGGCAAAUCUCCUGCACCGAAGACAACGGUCACCAAGCCUCUGCAACGUAAGAAGGAGACGGCCACCAACCUCAAGGACCUACGAAACACCUGGAAGAACCCCUUCCAGCAACCUCGCAAGACUCAUCCAGCCAAGCUGUUCCCCCUCCUGACUAAAGACACUCUGUCUUCAACGCCACUAACCGCAUCGCAACAAACCGCUCAGACCCGUCUAAGAGAGCUCUUCAGCGGAGAGACAGAGGCAUUUCGCCAGCUCGACACUCUUCUCCAAGCAGCACUCCAACUCGAUACCCUCCUCUUCAACUCCGCCCUCCGCGAUCACAUCGCCAUUACGGUCGAAGAAUUCCGCGCCACCCCUUUGUGGAGAGACAAGCUGGUCAAAGGGCGCUGUAUAGUGCCGCCUGGUCCUCUCAAGCGUUUCCACAAAGUGCAGAUUCAGCUGAAUAAUACGUUGUUGGUGUAUGGUAGCAGGGAGGAAGUUCUCGGAACUUUGGUUCAUGAGAUGCUGCAUGCGUAUCUUGGGCUUGUCAAGGGCUGGCGGCAUAGGGAAGGGGAUAUUAUGGCUUUGGCUGAGGGUUGUGUGAGAAGGGUUGGGGUGGAGGGGUUGAGGGUGGAGCAUUUGACGGGGUAG